CUUCCGAAAGCUAAUUAGCAGACGAUGGGAGUUUUAUAUUUUUAACACAAGUCAGAAAAUCCUUUAUGAAGUGAAAGAUCAUUGCACAGCAGUCAAAAUGCAACAGAUGAGAGAAAAGCAGCAACCCUUUUUUAAACCGUUAUCAUUCAGUGAACAGAAUAUAAAUACGAAUAACCAUUAUGAGACUUCAUCAUGUUCCUCGGCACCUCAGAUGCAAGUACGGCCAAAAUUCCAGCAAAACUCUGCACAAUUUCAGACCAGUAAAGCAAGAGAGAAUGAACAAAACCAAGUUAUUUCACAACAACAAGAACAGACCCAAGGCAAUGAGAGAAUAUCUUCUUUACAUGUGAAACUGCAGCAUGAGGCAGAUCGUAUUAGGAAAUGGAAAGUCCAAACUGAAAUCGAAAUCAAGCAAAAGGACAAGAAAAUAAAAGAAUCUACUCACACCAUUGAAAGCCUGAGGAAAUCUAUUCUUGAGCUUCAGCUUCAAAAUGAAAGCCUCAGUCUGCGUCUUCAAGAAGAGAUAACCAGCAGGGAGGAAAUUCUUCAUAGAAUAAAUGCUACAAGAGACAUGUGUAAUCUUUUGAAAGACCACUCUGCUGAUACAGAGGAAAGACUGCAAAAAUGUGAAACAGAGCGCACCGAGCUGAAAUAUAUUGAGAAACAACAUGUUAAGCAGUUUGAGGAGUUAUCAGAAAAGUUUACAAGUCUUGAUAUAACAUCAAAGAAAGAGAAGGAAGAUUUGACGGAAAAAUUGACAGCAGAAUUAAAGAAAGGCGAGGAACUGCAAAAAGAACUGAAAAAUCACAAGGAAGAAAUGAAAACUACUUUGAAUGAUUUGGAGAAAUUGUGUGAUGAGAAAGACCUAGAGAUUCGAGAUGUUAGGGCUGAACUCUGCAAGAAUGAGGAUGAAAUACACAAGAUGAACUCUGUUAUAGAUGAGCUGCAAAGUGAGAUUGGGAAUUUACAGAGUGACUUGAAGCAGAAGCAAACCUGUCUGACAGAAUCUGAAGAGAAACUGAAGAAAAUAAUGGAUGACUAUGGGAAAUUGGAGGAGAAACUUACCAAGACAAGCAAUUCAUUAGAGGAAAGCCAGAAUGACCAUUUGCUACUGAAGGCAGAAUUUGAAACCAACAGAUCUUCUUAUACUGAGGAAGUCAAUAGUCUCAGAGGUCACCUUGAAAAUUUGAACUGUACACUUGGUAAUGAGAAGUCAAGAGUGUCUGAACUUGAAACAGCACUGCAAAAAAUGGAACACAUAGUUGAGGACUUGAAAAGCGCAAAAGAUAUUUUGAUGAUGGAGAAAAGUGAGAUGGAAAGGAAAGUUCAUGGACUAAAUGAAGAAAAGGCCAUCAUUCUUCAUGAAAGGGAGCAAAUUUUAGUUGAAAAAACAAAUUUAGAGGCUACGAUGGCAGGAUUAAGUACAGAGCUGUCAAAGUAUAAGGAUGAAAACUUGGACCACAAGACUGAGUUGCAAAGUCUUAGUAAUCAUCUGGAAGUUGUUCUAGAAGAAAACAAGAAAGUCAAAGAAGAACUCAGUGAAUUAAACAAAGAAGUACUUGCAAGGGAGGCAAAAUUUCAAGAAAUAAAGAAGUCAUUUGCAGAAAAGAUGGAUUUUUGUUCAGCACAGUCUGAAGAACUGGAAAAUGUUUCUCAACAGCUCAUUAACGAAAGACAAAACAUUGAGCAGCUACAAAUUAAAGUCAAGGAGGAUGAGGAGUUGAUUAAAAAUCUGAACAGUGAAAUCGAUCAAUUCAAAGCUGACAUUAAUAAAUUACAAAAGGAAAUCAAGACUCUAUCAAAGAGGGAGGAAGGCUUACAGAAUCAAAUAAACAAACUGAAAAUUGUUGAAAAAGAAUAUGAAGAAAAACUUGAAAAUAUUCAGAAAGAACUAGAAGAAGCAUUAGAAGAAAAUGAAAUGUUGAAAUCUGAGAAGGAAGAACAGGAUCGGAAUUUCAAUGGUGAAUUAGAAUGUAUGACUAAAGAGACAGACAAACUGGCUGUGAAAAUGAAAAGUUUAAAAGAAGAUCUGUCUGCUAAGAAUAAGCAUUCAAAGGAACUAGAGAAGGAGAUCAGAAGUCUUAAGUCCAAACUGACUGCACAGACUAAAGCUGCUGAUACAAAGGACAGAGAAAUGGAAGAACUGCUGGGAGAGAAGGAGAAGAGUCACCAAGAACUACAGGAGCUGCAGUCUGUGUGUGAGGAAUUAAUGGCUAGUGUGGAGAAAGAGAAGAACUUGUGUGAAGAAGCUAAAUCUGAGGUUCAGGAUAUGAAGAAACAGUAUGAUGAUAUUGUAAAGCAAAAAGAAACAACAGAGAAAAGAUGUGAACAUGAGGUACAAGAGCUUAUGACCACAAUGGAGAAGUUUCACCAGACAAAUGCUAAGCUUGUCGGAGACAAAGACAAGGAAAUAGAGAAACUGAAGAAAGAAAUCAGUCGAAGCAAGGAUCUCUCAAAAUCAGAGACAAAUGCUCACAUACAGGAGCUACAAAGUGAAGUAGAUCAGGUCCAGAAUCUCUUGGCUGAUUCUAAUGAAAAAGUGAAAGAAUUACAAAGUGAAAAUGAAGACCUACAGACUAGAGCUGCAGAAUUUGAAGAAAGCAUCAAAGAGAAAGAUGAACUGGUUUCAAAAUACCAAGCUGAAGUAGAUGCAGUGAAGAGCAAAUUAAAAUCAUAUGAAGAGGAUAUGAGUAAUGUUGAGAAGGAAAACAAAGAGUACAAGGAAAAAAUCAGGAGAUAUGAGAAUGACUUAAAUGAUAAGGAAUCAGAGAUUCAGGAACUAAUGACCAAGAUGAAUGACUUGAAAGUAGAAAAGAGAGAGUGCAAUACAUCAUUAAAACUAAAGAAAAAGGCAAAUAUUAAUCAGAGCGUAAAAGAGAAUGUUCUAAUGACACCAAAGAUACAGGAUAUAUCAGAGGAAGACAGAGGUUCAAGUAAACUCAACAACAAAACAAGAAUGACACCUAAAGUUCCCCCACUUAGUAAAGAGCACACUACACCAAAGUAUACCCCCAUUCAGAAGAAGGAAAAUGUAUUAAAAAGACCAAGCCCAAAUGCUAACAAGGCAGUCACUCCUAUUUCAUCUGUGCUGAAAACUCCACAGCGAAGCAUUCUGAAGGAAAGCGGAAACUCCAUUGUUAAAAAGAGAAGAGUAGUGUUUGCUUCAGAUGAUGAGGAAGAAAGAUCUGACUCCUCCUCAUCUGAAAUGAUGGAAGUGGAGAUGGAUGAAAUUGAGAGUCGUCUGAAAACAACAACACCAAAGAGAACACCACUACUGCUGAAACCAUCUCCGAAAGUAAAAACACCAGAUAGAAGUUUGACCUAUGACAGUGAGGAGGAAGAGGAGACGAGAACUCCAAAACAGUUACAGCUGAAUAGGGUGUCCAGAGCUCCUUCCACGCUAAACCAAACAAGAAGAAAACAAGAAGCGAAGCCCCAGAGAACCACUCAGGAAGUCAAUAAGGAACCCCAAUCAGAAAAGUCACAGAAUAUUCGAAAAGCUCCUACAAAGCCUCCAGGUAAAUUCUUCUUGACUUCUCCAAAGGAGAGAUUGAAGAAUCAAAAGAGCAACUCAAAGCUGUCCAAACUGAAGAGGACGGAAGAUUCUUGGUUUGAGGUGGAUUCGAUUUUUGGAUUUGAGGACUAAGCAUUGUUUUAAUUUAUAUUCAUGCAAUCCUUAAAGUUGAAAGAGUACAGUCAGAGUGUUUGGGGAAAAAAAUUCAAAUAUCUGUGAUGUUCAAUUAUUAAGAUGUGAUACUGAUUUUCUGUGAUAUAAUUUGUUUUCCUGAUAUUAUAGAUCUCAGGAAUUCUUAAUUGUUCUGAUUUAAUCUAUACAUACAACAAUGCCAUUUGUUUCUGUAAUUGUUAUAUUUGUUGUUAUAUAUCUUUGAUCAACUUCUUGAAGUCUGUGAUAAUUUUGU